AGCUGCAAAACCCUCUGUCGCCACCUCCCCCUCCUAGGGCUGGUCGAGCUCCAUUCGGCUACAACGACGACUCUAUGCUGAUCUGUUGCGAUGGGACAAGGUUCCCGAGAGCUCCCACUCUUGCUACUGCCGAGCCCCCCAUGGAGUACCUAGCCAAGGUGAC